AUGGCGAUGAGGAGGCUUAAUACAGCUGCUGGGAUUCUUGAGGUUAUGGGUGCACCUCUUGCUGGAACUGAUUUCAGAGCUUAUGUGAUGUCUGGAGGCGGACUUAUGCUGAAGAACUCCAAGCCUAAGCUUAGGAGUCAGCGUUCGAAACCGAAACCACAAGCUUAUGAUAUGAAACUAUUAGCAGUAGACAUUCCCACGGCAUUGGGAACUGAUCAGCGGCUAUUCUUGACUGGCGAUGAAGACGAGUACAAGGUUGGGGGUGGAUUAAUUUCCGAGCUGAGAGAUCCCGUAGUGAGAGCAAUGGCAGCAACCAAAGAAUUCGAUGAUCUCGACCAAAUAGAGGAAGAGGAGGAGGCCAAACGAGAAGUUCAAGAGGCUGAAAGAAAGCACAGGGAAGAAACCGAUAAGCUCGAAAAAGCCACCGAUCGAUGA